AUGCUAACUAUUACUCUUAACUGUUUGGUCGUUGGUAAAAACCCUUAUAAAAAUGCUUUUAGCAUCAUGACUAACUUGAUAAAGGCAAUUCGCAACUCAAAUAAAACUAUCAAGGAGAAGAAGGCAUCUGAGUUUGAUAAUUUCGCUGCAGACAAACUCAAAUUAUGGAAGGUGGACAUUUCCCUUGAAGAAAAUGGAGAAUUAAUAGCCGCUAAUACAAAAAUCAACACUAAUAUAAAGGACGAACUUGGAGGUAUAGAGCUUACUUCACUUUCGAAGAUUAUUAAAGAUAUACAUUGUAUAGGAGGCAAAGCCACAACAACUACCAUCCCCUUAACAAGGCUAAACGUCAGCUCUUUGAGACUCAAUAUGUUCGAAGGCGUAAAAGUUCUUUAUGAAACAUUAGAGACUCUAAGAGAUGAUUCAGAACUUGGUAAUCUUGCAAGAAGAAUAUUAGGAAGGGAUGCAUUCUUUAAGAAAAGACUUUCAGAUGAAAAAGACUAUGAAGAACUUAAGCACAAGUUGAAAAAUACGCUUUUCACUGAAAAUGAUGAAAAAAUGCUAUUGGAAAUAUUCGGUGAGGAAAAUAAGAAAAAGCUCUUAGAGCAAGGAAACUUAAAAUUGGCAAAAUCUAUCCCUUCUGACAUUUUAGAUAAACAGUUGCGAAACAUUUUGUGGGCAACUGAGCUAAUAAAAUGGGUAACUUUGUCAUUAAGUUAUCAUUCAAAACAGCAGCUAAUACUUAAUAAACUAUGUGAUCUUACUGGAUGCAUGGAUCUAUUGUGA